UUAUCAUCGUUGCAACUAAAUUUGUUACUCACAAAGGUUUCUUUUAAUGCGCGCACAUCAAACAAAUUAAGUGUAAUGAACAUAAAUACGUAUUACGUAGUCGCGACCGCUUAAUCUCAAUUUUUUUUUUCGCUCCGUCGGAGGUGGACGUCGUUAAUUUUUAUCAAGCGCGUGGCUGAAAUGAAUCGUCGAAAAAGUCGCCACGAGACACCCACGAAUGCACGAAUUUAGCUUACUUCGUGUUAGUUUGCAUCCGGUAAGCAGCGGAGCCCAACGUUCGCUCUCAAAACGAAGGAAGGAAAGAAAGAAUGAAAACAUUAAUCGUGAUUAUCUCGGCAAUAAUUCGUCUGAGUUACGGGCAAUCGGCAACGAUCUCGAAAACCCAUAAUUUCCGUGGCAACAACUUCGCAUUCCAGCGCUUCUCCUUCGAGAACACGACGUUGUUUUACGCGUUAUGCGAUCGGCUGGAAGACAGCGCGGCUAAGCAAUGCAGUGUCGUGCGCGAGAUCAACGCGUUCGACAGCUCGAGCGACGCGACUUACUGCGACUUGACGCUGGAAACCGACGACCCGCUGCUGGUGAUCGACAGCAAGCUCCUCGUGGUGGCCCUCGGACCCGAGAGAGUCGUCCUAGUCUGGCUGGAAAGGUCGACGGUCGAGUUUGAAUCGUCGCUGAGAAUGGCGAUAAUACGGAUGUCCGAUUGCAAGAUCGCGGAGGCGGCGAUGGACUUCGAGGGGGCGAUCGACGACUACUCGGUCCACCUGGACUUCGUAGCUUACGUCGACACCUAUGAGCUCGUGGCCAAGAACUUGUCCGUCUGCAGCGACGUUUCCAUCGACGGAUACUGCAGACUCACGUACGACACCGAUGGUAACAGAGUGGCCGGUCCAGUGGCUUGGUUCACGCCGCUGUUCGAGGAAAUCGAGUACGUCGUGUCGGUGGCGCCUCGCUCGCCCGACAGGGGACACUUACUGCUCGCCAGCGAUUACGGGGAUUAUCACGUUUAUCUCGUGAAGCGAAACGGCAAACAGGUGUACGAGCUCGGCGAGGAUCCGUCGUCCGACGACGAUUAUCGGAUAGCGGCCUUCAACGCGGCGAGCGAUGCGAUCGGCAUGUGCUAUCACGGUCAUUCCAAAUUUUACUGCUGGCAGUACGACCACACGGGCGACCUUCGCGCGAUCGUCGAGUUUGAGAGCGGACUGACGGCGGAUUUGCGCAGCGCCACCAUGCACAACACUCCCGACGGUGGCUUUAUCAUCAUGACGGUCUACUGCACCAAUUUCACUUGCCGAGGAGUCGACGAUCGAUACUAUCUGACGAAAGUCGAUGCUCUAAUGGCAGUCAGUGGCCCGAGGGAGAUCGACGCGAUUCGUUGUAACGAGGCGGAGAGUUCGGCUUGGGCACAAUUUUUUCAGAAUGACGACGCCGAUUACUGUCUCGCUCGGCUUUGUUGGAACAAUGGCGAAGAUGCAAGACUGGAUGUUAACACGCAGUGUUAUUCGGAUAAGUUUUUCAGGCAGCGCUGAUUUGUCGAAUCGACGAAGUUUCGCGAAUCUCUCGAUUAAUUACUUUUGUUUAUUAUGUUCUGCUGAAUGAUACCAAGAUAUUUUUUCCUUUAUAAAUGAGCACUAAAAGCCGAUAUUUCUGAAGUAAUGUAUUUUUAUCUGAGUAAUUUAAACGUUAAGAAAGUCCCUUUUAUUACUGAAAAUUGAAAAAAAAAUCGAAAUUGUACAUGUUCCGAAAUAAAAAUGCGAUUGGAAGAAUAUUUGUAUUUUAUAAAUUAAUUUUGAAUUUCGCAAGAUGUACUGACUUGAAAUUGUUUCCGCCGCUCCGAUCUGAAUUUCCUAUUGAAAUUCAGUACUUAAAUAUAACUGUGCAUAUUACGAGUAG